AAUAAUUAUACACACUACUCAAAAAGUCAUAUAGAUGAAAGAGCUUAAAGAUCACGUAGUAGUAAUCACCUAUGGACCAUCAUCGGAGGGUUCAGUAACGGCGUCACCUGCGGCCUCAGUUCCAACGCCGCCGUCUUCGUUUGCUUACUCUGCACCGCCGUCAACAUCAAGAUUCAGCUCACGGAGGCGAGCGUCGGUUCAUGUGAUCGGUUUGGUUCUCCGGUUUAUAGCUUUGGUUCUAUGUUUCGUCUCAGCUCUUUCGUUAGCGGUGAAUGUUCAUCGGCCUUCGAGGAGACAUCUGACACACAACUCCUCGAGUUUUGCUUCAUAUCCUGAACUUUUGUAUUGUUUUGGAGUAGCAGUGACAGGAUUCGUGUAUACAUGUUUGCAAACAUUCAAAGGAGUUUGUGAUAUUACUCACAGAGGAGUUUUAAUCUCUGAGCCUCUCUCCGAUUACAUCACCUUUAUAUUUGACCAGGUUAUAUGUUAUCUACUAGUAUCAUCUUCCUCUGUGGCAAUUGCGUGGAUCCAACAUAGUAACGAGGAUGUGUUAAAAACACUAAGAAACUGUUCGAGUGUUUCAGUUUCAAUGUCAUUCUCUGCUUUUUUGGUUUUGGCACUCUCGGCCAUCUUGUCUGGAUAUAAACUUUGCAAGAGAUUUAUUUGGUAAUUAAAUCUUGUAAUGGUUUUUUUUUA